AUGUCGCAUCCAAUCCCCCCAUCAUCACCCACACUAUCCACCACCUCCUCCACAGCCUCGACCACCGCCACCGUCAUCGACACCUCUCCCAACCCCAAAUCCAUCGCGAACCUCUGGAAACAGCUCAAGUACCUCUCCAUCGGACUCGUCCUCAUGCUCUACUUCCAGGUACCGCAGCACAUCUCGGAUGCGCUUUCACUAGGUGUGCUGUCGUCGAGUUCGGCCAAGCUGGCGGCGUUGUCGUUGGCGUUGUUGGCGGGGACGGUGUUGAUGUUCACCUACGUGAUACUGUUGCCGGCGAGAGGCUUUGCGGUGAAUUAUGUAGAGUGGAGGAGGGAUGAGAGAUUGGGAAGUGCGAUUCCGGUGUUGACAGGGUGUAUCAUUGUCGGAUGGACGGUGUUGUUGAUCACGUUGAGUCCCGUAGGCGCACCAGCUCCUCCCGCGGUAGGCGUCAAACAACGUCUCGCCCAAGCAGCCAAGUACACAGGCGUAGAUCUCGCUUCCAUCCCACACAACCUCUGGACAAGCGAGAAGAGUUGGGACAUCCUCUCCUCCAAAUCCAGCAGCAAACAGACCGCCGAAAGUCUGCAAAAGUACCUCGCCCAGCUGUCCACCAGAGCCGACGAGUGGAGCGCGCAGAACAUCAAGGUCAUCGGCUGGACAGGCGCCGUCCUGGGCAGCAUAGGAACCUACCUCACCGUGUUCGGCGGUGUAGGCUUGAUCGGCUUCAUCGCUCCCGACAGACGCACCAAGCACAAAACAUUCUAA